AUGAAUAUUUUAAUAGAAUUAAAAACUAUUAAUACAGAAGCAAAGAAAGGCAAAUUUAUUAGAGAUAAUGGUAAAUUUAUUGAGUUUCCAUUUGAGAGAUUAGGAUUGAUUAAACAUUUGGAUGUUGAUCUUUAUGCUUAUUAUUCCCAUAAUGUUAGUCUCCUUAAUUCACAAAAACCAGAUGUGUUUUUAUUCGGAAGGGUUUGUCUUUUUGAUCCACUCAAUGUUGAAAUAGUUUUGGAGUUGAAAACUAAAUACAGAAAUGAUUUUAGAAAUGAGGAAAUAGGACAUAUGGCAGCAUUUGCUGAAAAAGUGCUUCAACUCCAACCUCAAAGAUCUUUCAUAUAUGGUGUUCUAACAGAUUGCUAUGAUAUUAUGUUUAUUAAGGUUCAAAGGUCAACAAUAUUCUCAGAUGAUUUCACUAACAAGUUUAAAUAUGAGCUCACUAAAAAAGAAUUACUUAAAUAUGGCAAUCAAGGAUGGAAUUGUCUUGCUACUCUACUUGUGCAAAAAAGUGAACAACUAGGUUGGAUUAAACAGCAAUCAUUCUAUGAAGAACAUGGUAGUAUUGUUACAUUGAAGAGAUGUAUUGGAAGUGAACAUUUGAAAAAGCUAGAAACCUUGAACUCUUCAAAUGUCCCUCCCAUUUUAUUUUCAAAUUCAAUCUCUAUUGUGAUGCCUUUAUAUGGAAAAGUUAACAAUUUACAAAAAAAAGAUAUCUCUCCCCUUGUCAAAACUAUAAAAAGGGUUCAUGACUUAGGAAUAUUACAUCGGGAUCUUAGAAAAUCCAAUUUAUUACAGGAUGCAAACAGGGGUCUAGAGGUGGCAGCAGAUGAUAUCCUUCAAAACCUUAUUGAAGAAAAAAAUGAAUUUAUUUAUGAUUGUCAAUUUGAUCUAAUUAGUAUUGUAUGCAUGUUCUAUUUAAUGCUCCAUUGUCCAACCCUUGAAAGAUUAUCUUUUAAAGAAAAAUGGAUUAGUAAGAAUGAGGUUAUUAUUUCAAAUGCCAUCUCUAACCAAUGGAACACUUUAUGUCAAAAAGCAAGUAGUCUAGAUUAUGAUGAUCUUAUUUCAGGGCUGGAAGAUUUUUUCUGA